ACCACCUGAUCCACUCGUCCUCAGCAUGGACCUGAGAUUCCUGUUUAUCGCCUCGGCUCUCGUUCUGGGGGCCACCUUCACCAUGCUCCUGGCAGAGGACACCACACAGUGCAAAGUCAAAUGGUUGUUCGGCAUUCCAUGCAGUGAAGUUAACGAGAAGCUGGUGAGCCAGAUCAAGGCCUGGCAGAGCGGGCCGAGCUGUCUGUCUGCAGGGGAGAGGUGCUCGUAUGAGCUUGUGUCGUCAGCUCCGUACCUGAUCCAGGCCACGCACAUGUCUCCGAAAACAAAGAAAGUCAACGACCUUCAGUUUCUUCUGGAGCAGUCCACUGUUUGCAAGAUGAGUGGUGAUGCUGUGUCCGGGGCUUCCAAAGACCCUGCUGACAAUAACACAAACUACUGCAGCCUCCAGAACCUGAUGGAUGGGAGUGGGCUGAUUGAUGCUGAAGGAUACAAACAGUUCAGCAACAAGUGGAUCUGCCCUGGGUUUGAUACGGCUGACUGUACCUUUCCUUAAGAGGAGAGUAAAUCCUUUCGGUAGAAUUAUAUCCUUAUCAUAUACCAACUAAUAUGUAGAAUAGUGACCCUCAAGAAUAAUAUAACUUCUGAGUAAACUGUUUAUUUUUCUGCU